AAUCCCCUCGCAGCCAAUCAGCAAGCAUCUCCCACGUGGGGCUCUCGGCCCACAAGUUCCUGACAUCACCUCCCUAAUUUCUCUUUUUAAAGCCAAAUAAACCGCAUUUACAAAGGUGGUUGGGGUUUAAAACGGAGCAUAUAUACUUACUCUUUCUAAUCUGAAUUAUUGUCUUCUUUCUACAUUCUCAUUUCUCUACUUGUUGCUUUCGUCUUCUUGAUUAAUUCUCUCUCCCUACACAUUUUCUGUUUGUUGAUCUUCACCAAAUUUGCUCAAACAUAAAGUCCUUGACUUGGAGUUGGAGCUGCAGAAUCAUGGCAUCCGAAUCCUCUGCACAGUACAUCCACAAGAUACAACACCUGAUUGAAGAGUGCAUAGUAUUCAACUUGAACAAAGAGGAAUGCAUGGAUGCUCUCUCCAAACAUGCAAAUAUCAAGCCUGUUAUUACUUCUACCGUGUGGAAGGAGCUGGAGAAAGAGAACAAGGAGUUCUUCGAGGCAUACGCGAAGCGAAGAGAAGAAAGAGGCGCAUCACAAACUGAGACAAGUGAAAGAAUCCACACUACACUUUUGGAUUCUUCCAAGAAAGAUGACAACAAUGGUCAAUGAUUCGAUGCUUACUCCAAUUAUUGUUGUUUCUCUUAUAUAUAUAUAUAUAUUUAAACAAUGUAUGAUAUUUGUAGCUUGCUUUUGUUGCAAUUAAUGGGUUCGCAUGCACUA